AUGGUUGGGAAGGAUCCACCAAACUCACGGAUCGAUGUCGACAAGUUCGACGGGAACGGAGAUUUCUCUCUUUGGAAGAUCAGAAUCAUGUCGCACCUUCGGGUUAUUGGAUUGAAAGAUAUCCUGACUGAUCACAAGCUUGAAAAGACCGUAACUCAAUCUGGUGGAGCUGGUGAGUCGGCAUGGACGACGACAGAGGUAGUUUCUGAUCCUGAAAAGAUUGAUAAAUCGGAAAGAGCUAUGGGGAUUAUCAUAGCUAAUGUAGGGGAUCAUGUAUUGAGGAAGAUUAAGAACACUGAAUCUGCAGCUGAGAUGUGGUCUUUGUUAGAUCGUCUGUACACGGAAACUUCGCUGCGAAAUAGAAUUCAUAUGCAGUUGAAAUUCUAUACUUACAGGAUGGUAGAGUCUAAGAAUGUUGAUGAGAAUGUCGAUGACUUCUUGAAGAUAGUUGCUGAACUUAGUAGUCUCAACGUCGAGGUCUCGGAUGAAGUUCAAGCUAUCUUGUUGCUUACUUCUUUGACUCCUAGCUUUGAUCAAUUGAAGCAUACUCUGAAGUAUGGAAGAGAGUCUUUAUCCCUAGAAGAAGUAGUUUCUGCAGCAAGGUCUAGGGAAAGAGAAUUAUCAGAAGAUCACAGGUCUGAUAAGAAUCAAGCAGCAAGUUUGUAUACUGGUGAAAGAGGAAGACAACCUUACAAAGGUGUUAAGGGAAAGAAUGAUCGCAGCAGAAGCAGGUCUAGUUCAAAUACAAGGCUUACUUGUUGGUUUUGCAAGAAGGAGGGACAUAUCAAGAAAGACUGUUAUGCAAGAAAGAAGAAGUAUGGAAUUGAACCUCAAGGGGAAGCAGGAGUGAUUACAGAGAAGCUGGUAUAUACUGAAGCUUUGAGUGUAAACGGUCAAGAGUCAAAGGAACAAUGGGUUAUUGACUCAGGUUGCACGUAUCACAUGACGUCCCGAAGAGAUUGGUUCUCGGAUUUCAAUGAGAACACAAGUACGACAAUUCUUCUUGGUGAUGAUCACACUGUCGAAGCAAAAGGGUCUGGAUCUAUAAAGAUGAAGACAAACGGAGGAUCCAUCAAAGUUUUAAGGAAUGUGAGGUAUGUUCCAAAUCUGAGAAGAAACUUGAUCUCUACUGGUACUCUUGACAGUCUAGGGUACACUCAUGAAGGUGGAGAUGGUGUAGUAAAAUUCUACAAGAACAAUAAGUUGGCUCUGCGUGGAAUCUUGCAAAAUGGAUUGUAUAUUCUUGAUGGAAGGACUGUGUUGGGAGAAAGCUGCAACGUAGAGAGCUCAAUUGACAAGACAAGUUUAUGGCAUAGUAGACUUGGGCAUUUGAGUAUCAACAACAUGAAGACUCUCAGCGGCAAAGGUCUGAUCGAGAAGAAAGAUAUCAAAGACCUUGCUUUCUGUGAACAUUGCGUAAUGGGGAAGUCCAAGAAGUUGAGUUUCAAUGUGGGUAAACACAUCACGGAAGACAUCUUGAGCUAUGUUCAUGCUGACUUAUGGGGAUCUCCAAAUGUCACACCGUCACUUUCUGGUAAACAAUACUUUCUCUCUAUUAUUGAUGAUAAAACAAGAAAAGUUUGGUUGAUGUUUCUCAGGACUAAAGAUGAAACGUUUGAGAACUUUUGUGAGUGGAAAGUGCUAGUUGAAAAUCAAGUAAACAAGAAAGUGAAGGUGCUGAGGACUGACAACGGUUUGGAGUUCUGUAACUCAAGGUUCAAUGAUUACUGCAAGAAGUUUGGCAUUGAGCGUCACAGAACGUGUACGUAUACGCCGCAGCAGAACGGCGUUGCAGAGCGCAUGAACAGGACCAUAAUGGAGAAGGUGAGAUGUCUGUUAGAUGAAUCGGGUCUUGGUGAACCGUUUUGGGCUGAAGCAGCUGCAACAGCAGCUUAUUUGGUGAAUCGAUCUCCUUGUUCUGCCAUUGAUCACAAUGUUCCAGAACAGUUAUGGCUGACCAGAAAACCAGGCUACAAUCAUUUGAGAAGGUUUGGAUCAGUUGCUUAUGUGCAUCAGGAUCAGGGAAAGCUGAAGCCAAGGGCUUUAAAAGGUGUGUUUCUGGGUUAUCCUCCAGGAACCAAAGGUUACAAAAUCUGGUUGUUGAAUGAAGAAAAAUGUGUGAUCAGCAGGAACGUGGUGUUUCAUGAGAAUGUGGUCUUCAAAGAUUUGAAGUCUGAAGAGAAUCAAGCUUCAGCUUCUAAGGCUCUGCCGGCACCAACGGUCUCUACAGAGACGUUUAUCAGGAUAGAGGAUGAGGACGAUGUUGGUGCUCAAAAUGAGCAUGUUACAGAAAGUGUUGAUGCAGGUGGAGAAACUCAAGAAAACGCAAGCAGCUCUGAAUCCGAUGAAGCAGAGACAGAAGACGUUUCUGCUGAUGCUGUUGAUCUGACAAACUAUCAACUAGCAAGAGAUCGAGGUAGAAGACAACCUAAGCCACCAGCUAAGUUUUCGGAUUACUCUGAAGUUGCAUUUGCUCUCCUCACAGCUGAAUUUGUAACUUCAGAAGAACCAAGCUGUUAUCAUGAAGCAAGAAGAAGCAAAGAUUGGGUGAAAUGGAACGGUGGUAUGACAGAAGAAAUGGAGUCGCUAUGGAAGAAUGGAACAUGGAUCAUUGUUGAUAGACCUAAAGACAAAAAGGUCAUUGGUAGCAGAUGGUUAUACAGGUUAAAAUCUGGUAUUCCUGGUGUAGAAUCAGAAAGGCAUAAAGCAAGAGUUGUUGCUAGAGGUUUUACGCAGAAAGAGGGAAUUGAUUAUCAAGAAGUGUUUGCACCAGUAGUUAAACAUCUCUCCAUACGAAUUCUGAUGUCAUUGGUGGUUAAAGAAGACUUAGAGCUGGAACAGAUGGAUGUGAAAACAGCAUUUCUGCAUGGUGAGCUUGAAGAAGAACUUUACAUGGAACAGCCAGAAGGUUUUGUGGUUGAUCCAAAGAAAGAUCAAGUGUGUUUGCUGAAGAAGUCUCUCUAUGGGUUAAAGCAAGCUCCACGGCAAUGGAAUAAGAAGUUCAAUGCAUUUAUGAUGAGCCAAAAGUUCACUCGCAGUGGACAUGACCCAUGUGUCUACGUGAAGGAGGUAGGUGAUGAAGAGUUCAUCUAUUUGCUGUUGUAUGUAGAUGAUAUGCUCUUGGCUGCAAAGAGUAUAACAGAAGUGAACAAGCUAAAGGCAGAGUUAAGUAGAGAAUUUGAGAUGAAAGACUUGGGAGCAGCUAGUAGAAUCUUGGGCAUUGACAUUACAAGGAACAGAAAAGAAGGUACAUUGUGCUUAUCUCAGUCUGGUUACUUGAAGAAAGUGAUUCAAAGGUUUAAUAUGGGUGAAGCUAAGGUUGUAAGCACGCCCAUUGGUGCACACUUCAAGCUGUAUUCAGUUCAAGAUGAUAGUGAGUGUGUUGAUACAGAGUUGGUACCAUACAAUAGCGCAGUUGGCAGCAUUAUGUAUGCAAUGAUUGGGACACGUCCAGACAUUGCUUAUGCUAUUGGUCUUGUUAGCAGGUUUAUGAGCAAGCCAGGAGACAUACAUUGGGAGGCUGUGAAAUGGUUAUUGAGGUAUCUUAAAGGCUCGGUUGGGAUGAAUUUGGUGUAUACAAAGGGAAAAGAUUUCAGUGUGCAGGGUUUUAGUGACUCAGAUUAUGCAGGAGAUCUUGACAGAAGAAGGUCUAUCAGUGGUUAUGUGUUCACGGUUGGUGGAAAUACAGUGAGCUGGAAAUCAAGCUUGCAGAAGGCAACUACUUUGUCAACUACAGAGGCUGAAUUCGUUGCUCUAACAGAGGCUGUCAAGGAAGCCAUGUGGAUUCGUGGCUUGUUGGAUGACAUGGGGUUGAAACCAGCUAAAGCUUUGAUAUGGUGUGAUUCUGAGUCUGCUAUUUGUUUGUCAAAGAACAACACAUUUCAUGAGAGGACAAAGCAUGUUGCUACCAAGUUUAACUUCAUCAGAGAUGUGAUUGAAGAAGGUGAAGUUGCAGUGAGUAAGAUUCAUACAUCAAAGAAUCCUGCGGAUAUGCUUACAAAAAGCAUUCCAGUUCGUAAGUUUGAGGAAGCCUUAGAUUUUCUAAGGUUACUCAAGUGA